AUGCGACCCCUCCAAGAGUCCCUUUCGAGAUGGCGUGAGACACAAUCCCAAGGUGCCCAUCUUGGUGAUCUUCGACGUGCUGUUCGGUAUAAUGGUCCCGCAAGUCCAUGCAUAUCAGGAUGUCGUUCUCUUUGUUGGAAGACUUUUCUUCUUUCUACUGCUGCUGAAGGGUUGAGCUGGUCUCAAGUUUUGGACGAUGAAAGAAAGCUCUACGCUGAGAAACGGGAUCACUUCCUCAAGUAUAUAAAACACCCAGAAGCUCUUGCAGAGCUGAACAUCGAUCCUUUGACAGAGGACCCCAGUGUAAGGCCGACCAAACUGGAACGUAACCGUUUAACUGAUUUGUAUGAUAUACAAAAGUCUCCAUGGAAUACCAUUCGUCAAGAUGAGGUUGUCCGUGAUGAGAUCCAGCAAGACGUUCAGCGACUCCCCGAUGAAGCUUCCUACCAUGAAGACCAGACCCAGUCAAUCAUCUUGGAUAUCCUGUUUAUGUACUGUAAACUAAAUCCUGAGCGAGGUGGCUACCGGCAGGGUAUGCAUGAGUUGCUUGCGCCUAUUCUACAUGUCAUUGAGCAGGAUGCCGUGGAUCCAACGACUUUACCAGAAGAGAUUCCUCUGGAUGAUGCUCUUAUCAAAACUCUCGACCACUCUUUCAUCGAGCACGACGCCUUUGUCUUGUUCUCGAAACUUAUGGAACGUGCCCAAUCGUUUUACGAAGUCAAGGAUGUUAUUCCAGCACCAGGAAGUUCUUUGCGCCCCCCCAAGUUUGCAGAACAAAGCUCGGCGAUUGUCGAGCGAAGCAAAUUCAUCCACGAAGUCUGCCUACAGAAAGUUGACCCGGAACUGGCUACUCAUCUAACCAACAUUGAAAUCUUACCACAGAUCUUUCUCAUUCGGUGGAUUCGGCUACUCUUCAGCAGAGAGUUCCCCUUUGAGCAGUUUUUGGUACUCUGGGAUACUAUCUUUGCUGUCGAUCCAACCCUGGAACUCAUCGAUCUCAUUUGUGUUGCUAUGCUGAUUAGAAUUCGGUGGAAUUUAUUAGAGGCAGAUUAUUCUGUUUGCCUUCAACUACUUCUCAAAUACCCUCCUCCAUCAGGAGCUCACGGUCCUCAUACAUUUGUUGAUGAUGCUCUGUACCUGAGGGACCAUCUUUCACCAUCUGGAGGAUCAUCACUGGUUAUGAAAUACACUGGAAGGAUGCCGACAUUAUCUUCUCCACCACAGGCCUCGCGAGCAGGCACUCCGAGCUUUCGUGGUUUCAACUCUUUUAAGCACAGAGGACCAGGCCCAAGGCCACAGAUAUCAUCCCCAUCCCGCUUCCUUCAACAACAGGGUGGCAUGGAGGCUUUGUUUCAGGGCGCUGCCAAAGGAGCCAAAGGAGUUUACGAAAGAGGCGAAAAGCUGGGUAUCAACCAAGCCGUACGAGAUGCUAUGGGAGAGAUCAAGCGAAAUCUCAACGAGGCCAGAUCUGCACCUAGAUCUCCGCAACCCCUGGUUAAUAAUCAAGACUCAGCCCAGAGCCUGGUAGCAUUGAAGAGGCGGAACCAGCAACUUGCUGCGAUGCUUGAUGAGACGGUUGAUAACCUCAAAGCUAUAUCUGCCUCGAAUCUCGACGACAAGGCUAAAAGCCUGGAGCUCAUCGAGAUUGCGGCGGCCAAGGUGCAGUUUGUCAAGAUUUACUUGGACGAUUCCUCUAUGGAGGUCCCGGUGUUGCAAUCUCCACCACCCGAGGACAGCCCACAAGAAGUGGCUGUAGCUGAAACAACUAUCGUUCAGCCUGAGCCUGUGUCAGUGGCAUCUACAGAGGUUGACAUAUCGGCUCUUCAGAUAUCCGAAUCAAAGAAAUCCUCUGAGAGCGAGUCAGCACGACCCCCUAGCUCUGAUCGUAUGGAAAUAGUACCAUGCGACGAUGGCAAAUCUGCAAACUCAUUGGCUCCGUCACGGCCAGCUCCCGUACCUACUCGUUCAACACUGGCGCAAUCCUCUUUCUCCUGGAUGCUGGAGCCAGACGAGUCGGGUCCUUCAAAAGCGUCUCCAGCGUCCAGCAAGUCACCACCGCCCCAGCAUAAGAAAAAGAUGUCGAACAGCGCAAGUCGUGAGAAGAAUGCCUUCCUAUUCGGCGAAGUCACUGAGAGUCGAAACCCCUUGAACUCAGAUGAGAUAUUUGGCUUGGAGCCUCUGAAGAAACUCAAGAACGCCGCAGAUGAAGAGAAGACAAGAGAGUAG